UUUGCUCCGUGACCACAGUCCGUUUGAGGGAGUCGGCCGGAUCGCACACACCUAUUCUGUGCCCGAGCAGUCAAUUAGAAAUAGGAAAUUAGUAGAAACCGAAAUGUUUUGCGCCUUAUCAACGUUUCUAACAUUCAUUGGCUUCUAUGCCCUGGCCUCUUAUCUCUACGAGCAGCUAAGAACGCCCUACAAAUUGCUGAAAAUUCGGUAUUUCAGCAAUAGUAGACCCCCCCUAAAGGAACGAUAUGGAGAUUGGGCUGCUGUCACGGGAGCCAGUGAUGGCAUCGGCAAGGAAUAUGCCAAGGCUCUGGCCCGCCAGAACGUCAAUGUGGUCCUGAUCGCCAGGAACGAGGAGAAACUGCUGGCGGUGGCCAAGGAAAUUGCUGAUAUAAGUUCUGGUGUGCAGACAAAGAUUGUGAUUGCUGACUUCACCAAGGGCUCUCAGGUCUAUGAUCAUAUUGAAAAGGAAACGGCCAAUAUACCAAUUUCUAUACUUGUGAACAACGUGGGCACUGGUGCACCUACUUCUCUGCUGAAAUGGACCCAGGAGGCAACCCAGAACAUAAUCGACACCAAUGUGGUGGCUGUUUCGCAGCUGUCCCGCCUCUUCUUCCAGCGAAUGAAGGCGUCGAAGAUCAAGGGCGCUAUUGUGAACGUUAGUUCCGGAACGGAGCUGCAGCCCCUGCCCUAUGGAGCUUACUAUGCCGCCUCGAAGGCGUAUACACGCAGCUUAACCCUCGCCUUGUAUCACGAGGCCAAGCCGUUUGGCAUCCAUGUGCAGCUGCUGUCCCCCAAUUUCGUGGUCACCAAGAUCAACUCAUACUCCAGGCAGAUCAUGAAGGGCGGUCUGUUUAUCCCAUCGGCUGCGGCUUAUGCCCAGAGUGCGGUUGAUCAGCUGAGGGAUGGAGUGGACGAGACACCGGGUUUCCUGUGGCACCAUAUCCAAAAUGCCGUGGCCACCGCCUUCACGUGGCGUGUGCGUACCUAUACCGCCACUAAGAUCUUUAACAAAAUGUCGGACAAAAAAAAGCAGAAGUAAAAUGUUAAAACUA